AUGGUGGGGAUUGUGCUACCACAGGAACCACUUCAACGUGUUGUCGUCAACACCAACACAUCCGUCGUGGUGAAGGGAUCAGAUAGUUUGAAGCUCCAAGGACUUAGCGUCACCACAAUGCAGUCCAGCGUUUUGUGCUCAAACGUUGAGAUUCGUGGAGCUGAAUUACUCCUCGAGACCACUUCAGGUGAUAUCAGUGUCGACAGCAUGACGAUCGACGCAAGCAACACGUCAACAGCUGAAUCGCCUGCCAGAGUCUACUCAGAACUCGGUCUCGUCAGCAUAUCAAACGUAGUACUAUCUCAAUGCGAUCUUCAAGUGGAAACUGGAGCAAGCAGUUUGACGCUUUCUGUUAAUACCGGAAGGAGUCAUAUCGAAGCUAAGAGCUCCUCCGCAUCGAUUGCAGUGGACGACAUACACGCGAACUGGAUUACUCUAAAAAGCGGAACAGGUGACAUCUAUGGAUCUGAGAUUUUAAUCGAGGGAAACUCAGCCUUUAUGGGUCGGUUGGAAGUCACAACAGUAUCAGGGGACAUUGAACUGAAGGAAAUCACAGCAAGCGGCACCGUUCACAUCGAGUCUGCCUCAGGGGCAAUUUCGGUGCAGCUAAAUACUCAAACGUUUGCCGGGAUGUACUUCAUGAGGUCAGAGUCCGGAUCCAUGUCCAUUCGUCACACCAACUAUUCCGACGACGUCAUCGUAGAGGCUGAGGACUCAGUCGAUGGACUCGAAAAGCACGGCAGCAUCAAUUGCGAUCCAGCAACCAACAACUGCUUAGCGUUCGGAAGUCUCUACUUGCGUUCCAACUUUGGUGACGUCGAGAUUGUACUCGGUUGCAACUCGUACAGUUGUAGCGAAUUAGCCACUUAA